AUGGCUCCGUCUCCUGCGUGUUCGAUUUCCUUCGACGAGAAUCAUCAUGGAGUGUUCUUCGCCGGGCAAAGGCUAUCCGGCACGGUGGACAUUGUGCUACCGAAGCAGAAGAAGGUGAAAGGAGUGUUGCUUAAGAUAACCGGACUUGGGUGCGUCCGAUGGACGGAAACGUACGGAACUGGAACCACGGUCAUGUUCAGUGGCCGUGAGGACUUUCUCACGCACACUUUGGAUUUGGUGCGUGCCGAGUCUGAAGAUCCGAUUGAGCUCCCACCUGGGCGACAGAUCUAUCGAUUCUCGAUCGUGCUCCCGAACACGCUUCCGACGUCGUUCGAGGGUGACUAUGGCUACAUCCGCUAUACGGUCCGGGUCAUCUUCGAGCGGCCGUGGAAAAUCGAUCUGACCUACAAGAUCGCCUUCACCGUGGUGAACCAGCUCAACCUGAACAGCGUCACACCGCCACUGAACGUGGCCGUGGUGCAGGAGCACAUCAAGCGGUUCAGCUGCGGACCGUGCCGGUCGGCGCCGCUCACCAUCAACGUCAUGCUGCCGAUGACCGGCUACGUGCCGGGUCAGUUCAUUCUCGUCACGGUGGACGUGUCGAACCAGAGCGGCAAAUGCAUCACGGAGAUGAAGCUCAAGCUACGCCGGCAGGUGCAGUACCGGAGUAAAAGUCCCUACGAGCAGGAGAAGUCCGUCUACUGCACGCUGGCCAAGUACCAGUGCAGUGGCGUGGAUGCCCGCGGAUCGGCCGGUUACGAAAGGCGGUUUCUAGUUCCUCCGGAACCCCCCACACGGAACGACACCAUCAUUCGGAUAGCGUAUUUCGUGGAGGUGACGGCGAGGGUCGUCGGGAUGGCCUGCAGCCCGUCCGUGCGUGUUCCGGUGACGAUCGGGACCGUGCCGCUGAGGAACCUCAACAAAACCCAACAGCGUGCCUCCAUCGUCGAGGCGCACCUCACGACGGCUUCCACCAUCAGCAGAAAGACCCUGCACGGGAGCGUGCAGUCACUCAAGAUUCCACACACAUUCGAGAAAGCCACCGGCGGCAAAGAAGUCAGCAUUCACGAUGACGAUGUUCCGCCGACGCUCGGCGCGGAACCAUUCGCACCUCGCUAUCCAAUGUUCCAGUUCGACGCCGAUAACAUACCGAUCACGCAUGGGAAACCGACCGCCAUCGCUCAUGCUCCCACGACGAAGAACGCCACCGGCAAUGACAACACAACGGAAGCCGAUGCAUAAGGGAUAAGCGUGAAUACUGAAGAGCUUCCUAUCUAUCCAUCGUCGUCAUGUUUAUUCGGUGAGUUGCGUUUGCCCGAUAACAAGGUUCGAUCUAGUCAAGUAAAGGGCAGUCCGAGCAAAUGAAGGGAGACACUUUCCCAGUGCGUCACGCUACGUGUACUGACAAUCUCUUGUAAUAACAUAACAUAUCGUCAUUCUAACGACAAUAAGAUAACAUUUGUAUCAGUUUGUUUUCUUGAUACUAUUCAUCGUUUCUGCAAUAAAAAUUUGAUAGAUGCAAA